AAGAUGUCUGCGUCCAUGGGAGAAUUUAUUUCAGUGUUUUUUUGCUAAUUUUAACCUGCAAAGGACAUUUUAUCAAUGGAAGCUAUUGAGGCCUACAAUUCUGAUUCUGAUGAUGAUAUUGGUGAAGAAACCAGCCUUGCAGUGGAUGGAAUAAAAAUUGUGGAAGGUUCUUCUGUGUCAUUAAAACCUACAGACUUCUUUGGCUUUGGCAACAGUGAAGACUGUGACGAACCCCCAAGAAAGAAAACUAAAGCUGAUGAUGAAGAGAAAAAUACUGUUGUCAUGGUGCAGGGAAGUGUUGUGGAGAUUCUGAAUACAGACUUCUGGAGAGACAUAACACAUAAACAAAUUGUUUUCAUAAACAAUUCAAAAACAACUUCGGGAAACAACAUGAUGGUUAUGACACCCGGACAGACAUUUGUGUCCAAAAGUAGUUCAGACACUUCGUUAAUUACAACUUCAAAUAUGACAACCAAACUAGUGACUGAUGUAAAGAAAUCUGUGACAGAGUCCUUAGCUACUUGUACAACAGCUAAUAAGAAUGCAUGUUCUAAUUCUGCUGUGACGUCCUAUGCAGUGCCUCUAGCCAAGCCUGUGCAACUCGUAUCAAUGAUCCAGCCCUCUUCUGGUUCUCUCCCUAUACUGAACAUUGUUCCAUCCACCCAAACAAACGUACCACUGCAUUUUAAUACAACUGCUGUUCAGGCUGUAAAUAGUCCUCAGACUGUAUUUAAUCUUGCACCGUCAUCGCAAUCUGUACAAAAUGUAUUAUUGGAUAAUAGUGCUCAAGUGGUGCAGAAUUUAGCAACCAACAGAGUGAAACCUUUGGGUAGUUCUGAAGCCAUCGUUAGUGUUACACCUCCAUCACAAACCAAGCAGAUUUGUACAACUGGUACAUCUCCCACAACCUCUACACUGAGAUCAAUUCUGAGUACCCCAGCCUUAUCGAGUGUAACUCAGGCUAGAAAUAUCUUGCAAACCAGCAUCCUGCCAUCCAGCUUGCACAAUGAUGGCUCAUUGAAAACACCUGUUGUUCAGACCUUCCUUCUACCUGCCAAAGGGGAUCAGCCAGCCAAACUUAUUCAGCUCUUCCCAGCAAAAUCGGUUGUCGGGCAGAAUUUACUUGCACAGAAUGUAUCGGCUGUUUUACCCACAAGUAUUCCACAAGUGGUUCAAAAUGCAGUAGUGGUUGGAAACCCAAACCAGCACAACCAGGUGCAGAUUGCACCGUCAUUGGUUCCAUUAAUACAGUUGAUGCCUGGUACUCAGCAGACAUUGACAGUGCCUGUGACUCAGCAGACAUUGACAGUGCCCGUGACUCAGCAGACAUUGACAGUGCCUGGUACACAGCAGACAUUGACAGUGCCCGUGACUCAGCAGUCAUUGACUCUGCCCGUGACUCAGCAGACAUUGACAGUGCCCGUGACUCAGCAGACAUUGACAGUGCCCGUGACUCAGCAGACAUUGACAGUGCCCGUGACUCAGCAGACAUUUACAGUGCCCGUGACUCAGCAGACAUUGACUGUACCCGUGACUCAGCAGACAUUGACAGUGCCCGUGACUCUUCAUUCUCCUCAGCUGACACAGGUUGUCAGAUCUGAACCUCAGAAUCAGAUUCCCGCAGCCCAAAAGCUACAAAGUUUAGCUUCGCAAAUAUCUGAAAACAAAAUGAAGACGCCUACUCAGAACAAAUCUGAAUUGUUGAGACUCUUGCGGUCUCCCCUUGUUACGUCACCCGUUUCCUUGCAAACUUCCGCUCUAGCACCAAAAUCUUCAGAAACCAAUGCUGCAAGGGUGCCUGUCACUGUUACAUUGACACCCGUUUCAGACAGCACCCCAACGCCUCCAGUCAGUGAAAAUGGCUUGGAAAGGGCAUGUCCCGGAAUAAUAAUAGAGAGACCAUUAUCAGAACGUGUUGAUAAUCUACUUUGUGGACAUUAUGUUACUCUAAAAAAGGACCUGUUCCGUCUUCCUGAUAAACUAACAUGUCUUUUCAACAAGGCCCUAAUGAAGAAAAAGCCACCUACUCGCUUGGAGAGAUCCUUCAUUGCUCAUAGAGCCAUGGUGACGAGAAUUAAGUGGAACUAUCCACAGUAUAGUCAUCUGUUUCUGUCAGCCAGUAUGGAUGGAACGAUCAAAGUGUUCAAUGGUGUUGACAAUGCAGAUUUCAAGAUGCUUCUUCAGGUGUAUUCCAAGCAUUCAAAGGCAGUCAAAGACGCGGAGUGGAGCUAUGAUGGAAAGUCAAUAUUGAGUUGUAGUUAUGAUCAAACUGCACUGGUAAUCGAUGUAGAAACAGGGAACAUUCUUCGGAAGUUACAGCACGACUCAUUUGUAACCUGCGGAAAGUUUCACCCAGUUCUGGACAAAAAUGUUGUCACAGGAUCUAAAAAUUUGCUUCAAGCUUGGGACAUUCGUACUCCAGAGAAACCAGUUAGAGUAUUCAAUUACAAGGACAAAAUGGGACAGAUUCAAGAUAUUUUGUUCUGCCAAGAUGGCCAACAGCUGUUCAGUGCCAGUGGUAUUGUGUCCCGUGACUCAGCAGAUCGGAACAUCAUGGCUUGGGAUUACAGUACAGGGGCUAUCUUGUCAAAUCAAAUCUUUCAGGAACGUUUCUCUUGUACACGGUUAAAAUUACAUCCAAACAAGGACUUGUUUUUGAGUCAGACUCAGGGAGGCUAUAUAGCAAUCUUUUCCUCAAAGCGGCCUUAUGAGAUGGUCUGGUCAAAGCGAUAUGAAGGGCACAAGAUGGAGGGUUAUGACAUUGGUUUUGAUAUCAGCUCUGAUGGCAGCGUGGUGGUCAGUGGCAGUGCCGAUGGUAUUCUGCACUGUUACAGUAACUUUACUGGUAAAUUGUGGAGGACUAUGAAAACUGGAUUCGACGUCUGCCUCGACGCUGCUGUCCACCCCAUUCUUCCCAGCACUGUUGCCUGCUGCAGUACCAAAGGACAAAUAAAGCUAUUUCACUGAUGAAAGGAGACAUGAUGAUGGCAGAAGAAGAAUGGAUCAUCUUCCAGAUAGUCCUUUGUUUCUCUGUCCCAACAAAGUGUUAUGAAAACUAAAGAAGGGCAGUAACUGUGAUGCCACUCCCUCUAAAAAACAAACAAAUAAAUGUGGCAGCCAAAAAAAAAACCCAGAAAAAAUUAGCAAUACAUGAUAAAAGGGCAGCAAGAAUGAUAAGAAGGCAGGAAAAGAUUGACAGCUAGGAGACACAUCCUGCUAAAAUUGGUUUGUAAGAAUAAUGCAACAUAUAACGAUCCAUUAGAAUCAGAAUGUUGUAUCUCCAUUACUUCUCGUUCCAGCCAGUGCACCACGACUGCUAUAUCAAAGGCUGUGGUAUGUGCUAUUCUGUUUGUGGGAUGGUGCAUAUAAAAGAUCCCUUGCUACUAAUGUAAAAAAAGUAGUGGGUUUCC